AAUGAAUUGUGACAGAGUAGAGGGAGCAAUAUAGAGCUGUUGUUGUCCCUCCAGUGGAAAUCUGUGGGUGUUGAGUGGUACUCCACACGAGGGGUGACGCCAUGCAAGACCUGCUGCUGUUUCAUCUCUACCUGCUUGUGCGAGAGAGGACAGCCAUUUUAAGUGUUGCUGAACCUGCUGAAAUGGCUCACAGGAUUACUUUGUAGGCAUUGCCAUAGUUUGGAGACUUUUUGGCACAGCUCUUUGAGAUGAGGAACCCAUGCCCAAAGGUGUAGACUGAGUAGGAAGAAUGCAGAGAGACGCCUCCCCCAUUGCAAGAACCAAGAUUAAGAAUGACCCACAUCGUCCAGUGUCCCGCUUCUCCAGCGUAACUUCAGCCACUCCGGCUAAGAGAAUCACCUUCUUCAAGAGUGGCGACGUCCAGUUCAGUGGUGUCAGGAUGGCCAUUCAUAAAAGAAGCUUCAAAUGCUUUGAUGCCUUGUUGGAUGACCUCUCGCAGAAGGUGCCUUUGCCGUUUGGUGUGCGGACCAUCACAACACCCAGGGGCACUCACUCCAUACAGCGCCUGGAGCAGCUGGAGGACGGUGGAUGCUACCUUUGCUCUGACCGGCGCUACGUUAAACCAGUCGAUAUGGAGGCUGCGGGGAGACGACCUGCGGUCUGGCACCACAGCCACCAACACGGCACCAGGAAAAAGCCCACCCGACCCGAGGAGCCCCCAUCAGCUCAUUCUGGUCAGCACUAUCAUCGCCAUCCAAAGAGAAUUGUGCUGGUGAAGAACAAUGACCCUACAGUCAGAAUUUCCAUCAUCUUGAGCAGGAGGACGACUCGCAGUCUCCGCGUCUUCUUGGACGAGAUUUCAGAGCUCAUGCAGUGCAAUGUCAGGAAGCUGUACACCCUGGAUGGACGGAAGAUUGACAGUAUUCAGAGUCUGAUGCAGUGCCCCAAUGUGCUGGUGUGUGUGGGCCGAGAACCAUUCAAGCCCCUGCUGCUGGAGAACCUGAGGAAGCACUCAGAUGAGAAGCUGCCAGGGAUGGGAGCACGGUCACGUUCCAGCGUGUGCAGCGAAGGCCACGAAAGCAAGAAGAAUGUGAACUUUGGACUUGAGACCAAGAAAAGCAUCAUCCACCCAAGAUCCGAUUCCAGUAACAGAUCUACAAGGUUUUCCCUGUCCUCAGAAAAGUCAUACCCCAAUGGAUUAUGCAUGACACCAGGCCAGAUGGGUUGUGUCAGUACCUGUCCUUACACGAAAGAUGUCAUACUGAACGACGACAUUGAAAAAAGAGUACUCGUUAACAAAGAUGGCAGCCUGUCUGUGGAGAUGAAAGUUCGCUUCCGGCUAGUUAAUGACGAGACUCUUCAGUGGUCCACUGAGAUCAAGAAGUCUGCAACAACAUCAAAUGCGAGUAGUUCUGUGAAGGACGGAGAUGCUCAUUAUCUUCAAGGCAAAGCUGAAUACUCUGACCCAGAGUCCAACUCUGCAUGUGAGGCUGAGGAGGGAUGUGCUCCAAAGCCCCGUCAAAAACAUCUGGAAGAUUCACACUGUCAGAACUGCUGCAACCACUGCCAGGAGUACGACAUUUGGAAAAAUCCCAUGCACAAGGACAGUGGAGUCAAUGGAGCCAGGAAUUCAUGUAGUUCUAGUGGAUCAUCUCACAAAAUCCUGCACAAAAAGGCAUCUGUGGACAGCGUUCGUACCAUCUCCAGGUCCAGCGAGGAGUACACUGAGCAUGUGGUGGAGAAGGCCUCGUGUUUUCAGCAGACCGUUGAGGAAGGAGACACGAGGGUUGAAUAUUGUUCAAUUAGUCGCUGCUGCAGCCACAGUGAGAUCUCAGGCACUGCCACUAAAUUAAAGAGUAAGAGACCCAACGAAGACACGUGCAAGUCUAAUAUGCUAAAUAUAUGUCAUCAUAGUAGUAUAAAUGAUCUUGGUAGUUUUGAAAUCCCAAUAGUAACAGAGGAUCGUCCAAUUUCAGCUGUCAGCAAUUCCUCCAAAGUGCUUGAGUCGCUGAAGGAGGACCAAGAUGAUGAUUAUGAUGAUCUUCCUCCAAGUGCAUCGAGAGCAUCUGAUUGGUCUCCGAGUAACAGCCUUGAACAAGAAAAACAAUUUGCCUGUGUCCACUGCUGUGGCAGUGAAGCUUCGCAAAAUUUCCAUUUGUCCCCCAGACCACCCAGUAAAGUCUCUAGCUGCUCUGCUCAUUCACCAAAGCACAAGAAGUACAGAAGUGUGAGUCAAACCCCAGACAGUGCCAGAUCAUCAGUGUCAAAAGUGUCCUCAAGGUCUCCCUCCUGCCAGUGUGGCGCAACAACACCAGGAUCAGCAGCAUCUUGUGUGCAGAGUGGUUUGGAAGACAAAAUUCCGACUCCAGUGCCAGAGGGUAGCACAGUGUCAAAUAAAUCCAGAGCACGGACAAGUUCCUCCAGGGCAGCAGAAUCAGAUGUGUUGAAUGGUGAUCAGGUAGAAUGUAACGAUGGGAGAGACAGCAAGCAUAAAUGUAAAAGUGCCAUGUCAGCAAACUCUGGUGUCUCAGGAAAAUCUGGAAAUUCCACUGCAUGCCCUUGCUGUGCUGGAUGUGAAAUAUCAAGGGUAUCAGAAAACUCUCAGGACAUACAAGCUCAGGAAGCUGACAAAGACGUUGAAGUUAAGUCAGUUGGGGGCCGAUCAUCCAAGUCGCACAGGUCUGAGGCAUCUGCAAAGUCAUCCAAAUCUGAAAGAUCACACAAGUGUACACCAGGAACAUCUCCUGCACCAAAUGUAUUUGAGAAUAGUGAACCUGCCCAAAAUAAACCAGAAGAGGAAGAGGAGGUCAAACAGGGUCGCUCUGAAAGUGCACUGUCUGCUUUAUCUAAUACUUCUGCCACUUCCAAACAGUCAAAUAAAUCAAACCGGACUGCAUGUGGUCGGGCAUCUGCUGUUGAUUCCAUGAUUUCUGAAGACGACGUAGGAGAGGAUAUAAAAGAAAGAACCAAAAGUGCCAUGUCCGUGAAGUCUAACGCAUCUGCAAAGUCAAAGACAAAUAGUGCUGUACCUGAUGAAGAAUCCGCCACCUCAGCACUGGACAGUCCUAAACCUGAGGAAAUUAACCAAGACGAGAGAGCAAUCAGCCCAAUGUCAGGGAAGUCAAACAGAUCAUCUAAAUGCAGGUCCUCUCAAAAAUCACGCUGUUCUAUUGCUGAAAGAACAAUUACACCUGCAUAUAAUAACCAGGACAAAGAGUCAGAAGGAAGAGAGAGUCCUGUAUCGACUGCACCAGCAAGCCACGAACAAGAACCAGAACCGGAACCAGAACUAGAGAUAGUUCAAGAACCAAGAGUGAAUAGUGCCAUGUCACUGAAAUCUAAUUCCUCCUCCAAGCAUACCAGUGUUAUGAACGCAUCAGGGAAGUCUGCCAAAUCUCAGAAUGACACAGUGGAGAAAAAUGUUUCACCAGUACCAGUAAAAAAAGACUUUGAUCAAGAUCCAGGAACAACCACAAAGGAAAGAACAGCUAGUUCAAUGUCAAACUCCUCCAAAAAGUCAAUGAAGUCAAACGCCUCUUCAAGGAAUUUGCAAUUAGUGCAGAAAAAUGCAGAAUCCUCAAAAUUAAGUGAAGCACAGAACAAAGCUACCCAAGCUUCUGAUGUGGAGUCUGAAGAUACACCUAGAAUACCUAGUGCAAUGUCUGAACAUGAUGAGCAAAGGUCUCACAAAUCCGACAGUAUUAUAGCAGACACUGCAGCUACCUCACAAGAUAACAAUGCUACCAGUCCAGUUAUAGAAAAUGAGAAGAGUCAAGAAGACACUUUAGAUUCAGAGAGGCCAACUAGUGCUCUGUCUGCUCUGUCCAAGAAAUCUAAAGUUUCAGUGAAAUCAGAUGCAUGCUCUGAGAGAACUUCAAAAUCAAAGUCAGAAUUGAAGCCCACAGUACAAGAAACAAAAGACACUAAAGAUGUACAAAAUACUUUAACAGUGAGGUCUCCCUCCCCUAAGAAGAACAAAAGGGCUCCAUCACCAAACACAUCAAAGUCACCCAUUACCAAUGAAAAUAAUGAUAGGGCACCAAGUGGACUAUCUGUGAAUUCUAGAGCAUCUUCAAAAUCAACAAAGUCCAACAGUAAUUGCCAAUGCCCCUCUAAGAGUAAUUUAAAAGAUUCUGACUCAAAGAUUCCUUCAAAUAAGGCUGUCAGAUCUCCCGCUCCCUCUCCAUGUCCCCUGUCAGACGAGCCAUUAAGUCCAGUAUCAACAGUCUCUCUUGGACUUGGAGAGGAGGCAAAAUCCGAAGACCUCAAUGAAAGAGCAGAAAGCAACAUGUCCCAAAUCCCAGAGGAGAAUAAAAGUCCAGGAGAAAGAUCUACACCUGUACCAGCUCAGGAUGAUAAUGCUAACAGUUCAGAAGUAGUGGAACCUGAGAAGGAGAGGCCCAAAACAGCCACAUCUAUGAGUUCUGCAGUUUCCAAAAAUUCCAAGAAGUCUGCCAUUACACAAAAUCUGUGCAAGAAUGAUAAAAGAUCGAUCUCACCUGCUUCAACCGGAAAGCCUGAAAGUGUGGCAUCGACUAAAUCAAAGGCAGAAAGCACAGCAAAUUGUAGGUUAAAUGAUGGCAAUCAUAGGGCACCCUCUGCUUUGUCAGACAAAAACUCAUGCAGUAAAUCAACCUGCAAGGCUUCACAGCCUAGUGAAAACAAUUUAACCGUCAAAAGAAGCAAAGUUACACCACAAGUCGUUAUUAAAAACAGUAACAGUGACAGUCAGCUAGACAAAGUUUCAACCAUAUCUGUAAGUUCUUCCAAAUGUAGCCAAAGUAAAGUAGCCUCAGGAAAAGUUACACCCACUGGAAAGACCCAAACUAAAGACAAGGAAACUGCAAUAAUUAAGAAUAUUUCCUUGUCAAACCUUAAAAUAAAAGAAAGCAAAGUCGCUUCUGAUUGUAUCAGUACUGCUAGCAGUGUCAAGUCUCUUAAAACAUCCAAAUCUGACAACAGAAUUGACAAGAAUGAAGAAAAUACAACACAAAACUAUCCAGAUCCAGUGCAUAAAACCAAAUCGGCUAACAAAAAAGUGAUGCCAGUAAUACAUUUAGAUUCUUCAAGUGACAGCGUUUUAUCUCACACUCUAUCAGCAGCAGCUCUGUUAAGGGAAAAGGUUGGCAAUGCAAGGCCAGUUAGUAGAGAAUCAGGAACAAUCACAUCAAACAAAAACUGUGACCUUGAAGAAGAUAUGAAUAUCGGCAGUAAAUGUGAAAUGAGAAGCUCAUCUAACCAACAAAGGAAAACAAGCACCUCAUCCGAGACCAAAAGCAAUCAGGAUCAGGGUUUAGAACUGAUGCUAUCUAGCUUACCUAGUGCAUCUCCUGCAGAGGUUAUAAACGACUGGCUUAAAAACAUACCAACUGAGGGGCCUAUGUAUGAAUUGGAAGAUGAAUUUGAUAAGCAUUAUAAAGAACAUGAAGCAGCCUCUCAGAUAAGCAGCACAAUUGAAGAGAAAGAAGAAGAAGACCUACAAAAGGAAACAGAAGAAAUGUCUGAAAAUGUAACUGAAAUGAAAGAAUCUGAAGAAAUAGAGGAGGCUGCAGUUGACAGUCCAGAUAAAGAGUGCAACCCUGACACCUGUAAUGUAACAGAGGCAAUAAAUGAGACGGAUGCAGUAAGAUCUGAAGCUGUUGCCACCAGUAGUGAACCUUCAAGUCCUCUAAAAUUAAACAAGAGAAUAAAAGAAUUAGAUUUACCAAGGCGCUGUCACUCAUCAGUGCAGGUCAUGAAGGUUCUCUUGAGUCCGAAACUGGACAGAUGCAACAGUUUACCAGAAGUCUCACCAGUAUACGGCAGAAAAUUAAGCACAUCAGCCAAAGGACUACUAGACUGUCUUGCUGAUCUGCAGUUGAUUGACUCGGAUCCCAAGAAUGGCAACAAUGAGAAAUACAAUGAAAUAAUAGGCAUCCUGCAAUCACUGUGGAUCUGUGAGCCCAAUGAAAGUGGGCAAGACAAGCAUAAAAGCAAGAAAGCUGGUAAUUGUUCUGCAGAAGAUGAAUUUAACCCAAGGUCUUCAUCAGGUGUCGAUGUAAGCAGUGGCUCUGUUGUAUCUGGCAAAGGCAGCUUAAAUGGUGGGCUUGAAAAAUCAGCACCGGAUUUAGCAGCAGAAGCUCCUGUUAUUGAACAAGAGGCUUUAAAGGCUGAGGGUGAAGAUGAUGACCCUCCAUGUGACACACCAGAAAGUUCAGAGCCUUCACCCGUUCCUUCAGAUCCUCGAACUCCAGACAUUGCUGAGAGAGUGCGGAGCAGUCCAGAAGAAGAGAAACUGGAUGAAAGUCCAGAACAGCAAAUAGAUGAAAUAGAAGUCCUUCAAGCCACAGAAGAGGUUAUUGAAAUUACUGAUGAUCAAAAAGAAACAGACCAAGCAGAAUUCUCCAACAAGAGCUCUGGGAAUGAUAAGAAUGAUUUGAAAUCAGCUGUUGAAAAAGAAAGCGAUCCACCAGAGAAUGUGGGAACAUCUUCAUCCACUCAGAAAGGUAUAUUAACUAGGAGAGUUUCCCUAGACCCUGACCCAGUUUGGGUACUUAGCUUGUUAAAGAAACUAGAAAAGCAGUUUAUGUCACACUAUGCAAAAGCCAUGGCCGAGUUUAAAGUGAAAUGGGAUUUAGAUGACAAUGAAAUGCUCGAUAAAAUGAUCAGUGAACUCAAAGAUGAGGUACAAAAAAGGAUACAAUCCAGUAUAAAUCGAGAGCUCCAAAAAAUCCAAAGUCGAGCAGGUAGGGCACCAAGACCACCUAGGAAUACUCUGUCCAGAGAGUCUACUGUCCAAACUGAGCAGCGGCGAAGACGCCUAAAAGUGAUGAAGAAUAAAUCCUUAUCAGGAAGUGAAGACAUGAACACUGCCUCAGGUACUGAUGUGAGUGAUCAGCGCAGUGAUGACGAGUACUGCCCGUGUGAAGCAUGCAUGAAGAAGAAGAUGGAAUCUCGAGCAGUCCAGCGAGGAGAAGCUCUGAGCUUGGCUCCAGUCAUGAAGGAGUUUGAUUUAAGGAAAAUCUUGCAAACGAAGAAGGAUCCUCCUGCCACAAAGUCAAAGCUAGAAGAGCCGAGCUGCAGGGAGCUUCAGGAGCACAACAAUUUGGAUGUGGUUCAUGAGGAAUCAGAAAUCCACAAUGAUGGAAAAAAACAGACGGAUGAUGAUAAAGAGCCUGAGGGAGAAGAGACUGCUGAUGAUGGGAAUAUAGCAGAAGAGGAGAACUCAGAAGGGCAAGCUGUAGAAGAUGGAGAAGCUGAGGUGGAGAAAGGUGCAGCAGAAGAUGAGGUAAAUGGAGAAACGGAACCACAAGAGGAAGAAGAGGAUAAUGAUCAGGAAGAACAGGGCACAGAUGACAAAGAGGAGGAAGCAGAUAAUGCUGCUGAAGAGGCAGAAAAUGCAGAAGAUCAAGAGGCAGCAAAGGAAGAGGAUAUAACUGAGGAAGAGAGGAAUGUUCAGGAGGAAGAAGCUGCAGAAGCAGAAGAGCAAGAAACACCAAAAGAGGAGGAAACUGCAGAAGAAGCAGAAGCAGCAGUUGAGGAAGAUGCGGAAGAAAUGAAUGAAGAUAAAACAGAAGGAGCAGAAGAAAGUGAAAAGAAUGAAGAUGGAGAUGAAGGAGAAGCAGAAUCAGGAGAAACUGAAAAUGCAGUAGAGGCUGAGCCUAGUACAAAUGAUGUGGCUGAAACUGCAGAGGUUGAGGAAGUAGAUGAAGUUGAUUCUACCACAAAUAACAAUGAGUGUGAGACAUUUGAUCCCAUUGAGGAUGAUGAGGGUGAUGGAAACCAGGAUGCCUCUACUCAAGCCGAAGAUGAUGCUAAGGAUGACACAGAUGAGAAUCAGGGAAAGACUGAAGAGGAGAAUGUUGAGCAAGCGGAAGUGGAGGAUUGUGGGACUGAAGAAAACGAUCCCAAAGCCAAAAGUACUGAUGAAGAAGAGAACCAAAAAGAAGACCCAGACAACAAUACUGAGAAAGAGGAUGGAUCAGUAAAAGAUGGCUCUUCUGGGCACUUAAAUACUGAUGGCAUUGAGGACAUUGCAUCAGAACAAGCAUCUGAUGAAGACUCUGGUCAUAGACUGACUAAACAACUAACAAAAACCUCAAUUGAAUCCCAACCAGGAUCAAUGGAAAAUGCCUCAGAGCAGAAAGUUCGAAAAAAGCUAAAGGAUAUUUGUAGUUUUAUGCAAAGUUCAGAGAGUCAAGAUGACAGCAUAGUUGUGAUUACCAAGCAGUCUCCUUUCACAGAGAGGCGGAGAGUGUCUAGUAGGCGUGUGAACAAAGAGGAAGUAGAGAAUGAGGUCAUUGAAUGGCAAGUUUCACCAAAGAGAAGGAACAGAUCUCCAGCAAGAGCCAACAAGCAACGAAGGCCGAAAGACAGCGAUGUAAAAGUGGAUGAUUUAGAGUUUUAAAUCUCAUAUAUACAUAAACAUUUUGACAUUUAGCCUUCACUUUAAGCACUUUAUUGAUACUACUGGAUAUCUCUUUAGUGACCAAGAUAACACCUAAGAGACUCUGAAACACAGAAACACGUAUUUUACUCCCUUACACGACUGUAUAUUGUAAUAUUAUAUGGAUAAUAUUAUAAUACGUAUGCAGUACAUAGUCAAGUUAUUUAUUACAAAUAAUAACAUUUUAUUGAAAACAGAUUAAAAGAAAUGUAUUAACAGCAACAAAUCACAUUUGGUAGAAAUUAAAUCGAUUAAUACUCUACUACAGAUCAUACACAUAUCAUAGGAUAUACUGUGUAUACUGUUAUACUGCAUUUCAUAGUUUCCUUUACAGAGUUCGUUUCACUGACAACAGCAAACGAACAUAAACAAAAUCUCAGGAUCUUUAAAAUGUAUACAGUUAUUUACCUGAACUGAAUCUUGAGAUAUGUAAUUAUGUACAUGAAUGAUGAAUGCUAAUGUUGUUGCUAAUACCCAGCCCUAGACUUCCUUGUUAGAAUAAUAAUGUUGAAGGUUCACAGCAAAUCAGUGAAAAGAGUGAAGGGAGAGAAAGUCACUUGCUCUCACCUGGAUACUUAACCAAGACAUUUCAUGCUGCGCUAUUCAUUGAUUGCUGUAGUUUUUUUUUUCUGAUGCUGCUAACUGGCUGGCUGGGUACUGCAUUUCAAACCUCGAACAUUUAAUGCAUGGUACGUAAAGCACAUGGCCAACGUUUGUAGAAAUGUUGUUAUUCUACUGUAUAUUUAAUAAAAUAUUUAUGUUGUUA